CGUCAACUACCUAUAAGCAUUAGGGAUCUAGGCUUAGAUCCAACUCCAUCUUUCGCCACAAACAACCAAAAUUUUUUUUCUCCCAACCUUAACCUCGAAACCGUUUCAAAAUUAGCGUUUCGUCAUGUUUUUGGUUAAAAAUAUUUUGAUUAAAAAUUCGACACCACUGCGGCCCAAACUCCUGAUCAAUGAUGCAGCUCCAGCUGUACUCCGUCACACUCACUCCGAGUCAGAGCAUAAGAAGUGCUUCAAAUACCGGCCAAGCAAGACCAAAUCGGAGGCAUGCAGACCCGUACAAAAGCCAGUGCCCAAGUUUUACCGGCAGUUGGAGCCCUGCAGGACGGACAGACAGCUGGCGCUGCAGCAUCCAAAGGAUUUGGGUAAAUACGCCAGAUGCGAUAUCCCCUUCAAGCCAGAGUGCUUGGAUCCAUGCUUAAUGGCCGUCAGAUUGGACGACACCAUGUACAGACCCAGUGCCAGCUUGGAUCGAAAGUUCGAUCGAUACUGGGUCGAGUGCUCUAUCGGCAAGAAGAAGCGUUGCUGCCGCAAGGUCCCACCAGAGAGAUCCUAUCGUGUAUUGGGAAAGUGUGAUAAGAUAGAAAAGAAGGCGCCCUGUAAGACGCUUUAUCCCAUGCCCUGCAAAUUGGAGAAAACGGAUAACCGGUGUCCCAAAAUCCAGGUCUGCGGCUGUGGUCCCCUGCAUAACACUCAAGUCAACUGUCGGCUAGCCCCGCGCCAUAAAAGGUGUAGGCGCAGGCCGUGUCUGUACCCUAGCUUUUCCGAGUGCCAACACGAGGAGCUGACAGUCAGCCGGCCGAUCGAGUGCCGCUGCCUGCAAGUGCCCUCCAUGUGCGAUAUGUUCAGGUUCAGAGCGAUGAACAGGCGAAUGCCCUGCCAGAAGCUUGACACGGGCUUAGACGAAUGCAAAUAGGGAUCUCUGGCGGAGGUCGUCUGAGUUAUUGUGGUGAUUCAAUGGCAACCGGGAUGGUAUCUCUGCAUCUACUUCACAAACGGCGAAAGGGGAAAAAUCUAAAAUUUCAAAUUUCGGCAAGUGGCGACUUCGGAGAGAUUCGAGCUUGGAUUUCUUUUAAAGCAAAUCAUUAAAUACAUUAGUAUAUUCCUUAA